AUGUCCGAGAUGGAUGCUGAAGUCGCCGACGACAUCCUGGCCAGGGUCGCCCAGGAUGGCUCUAUGGACUAUUCGUGCUGGCCCAAGUUGUUGCCCAUCGUAGUCGCGCGCAUUGAGAAGGCAAGUAUACUUUCAUUGUCCCCAAUCGCCCACACUGAAUUCCCCAUCCCCGACAUUCCUUCUCCGCAACCGCCCGCCAGACCUUCGUCCCCGCGCUUCCUCGCCCCGCUUCCCUCUUCGUCCGACCCGAUCGAUACGCCGCUCAGUUCGCAAGAGACCAACAAGGAGAACGAUGCCCCAACGUCAGCACCACGCCUAGCUGCCGGCGACAAUGUUGCUUCCUCGCCGCCCAAAGCGCCCUCGCCCGUCCCCAAUGCGACAACCGAGCCGUCUCAGGCACAACAGCCAGUCCUUCCUGUCCCCGUGGCCGAAAUGCUGAACGGAGUGACAUCUCACCUGACGGCCAACUUCCCCGAUUACCCGCCCCAUACGAUUCAGCGUCUCGCCGAGCUGGUCCUCAAGCCGCGCCCUCAGUACAGGAGCGUGGUAGGCUACCUGAAUGCGCUCGACCGCGUUGUCCACGUUACCAGCGGAGCAAACCUAUACCCAUUACCGCCCGCGAUCCCAGACCUGAGCGGUAUGGGCGGCAUGUCCAACGGAGGUCCUGCUUCGGAUAACGGGACUCCCAGCCUUUCCGCGGCGAACAAGAUCGGAUCCGACGAGGCUCUAGGCGGCGCGCUGCUCACCCCCAUCCCGUGGUUGACUCGAAGGGCAAACGGCGACGGCGGUGAUGACGACGGAAGCAUUAGUGACGCAGGCAGUUCGUCACCGUUAUCAGCCAGCGGGGCGUCCGACCCCAACACCCACCAAGAACAGCAGCAGCGAGCUCUCGCGCAACAGCACAGCCACAUCACCUUCGCCCAGAGCUCCGUCAGUCCGCAGGUUCGUAAGGAGAGCACCGAGAUGAUUGAGGGCCCCAACGGCAUGGGAAGCAUAGAGACGGUCUCGAUCUCGUUCAACGGGAUCCCUUCUACCGGAGCGGGCAGCGGCCUGCUGGGUCUCUCGCAGCAACCACAGCGAGGCGUCACGCAAGGAGAACUGCUCAGGCAGGAACAGCGCGCGGGCGUUGUUCCUGUUAGCCAGGUUGCUGGAGGGAACAACAACAACACUGCCCAGGGCUACACGGCUGCUCAGACUACCCCCCUCAGCGCUGCCGCCCAUGGCGAGGGUUCUUCAGCUACUGCUACUACAGGUCCACCGGACGAAGACAUUGUGAUGGGUGAGAACUCGGAUCAUGAGGAGGAGCAGGAGGAGGAGGAGGUCCCCCACGCUCGCGGUCCGCAGGAGAUUGGACCAGAGGAUACCGGGCCCCAGAGCGCAAGGAGCAGCAUUGCCAUGUCACAUACGGGCGAGGUGGACAUGAGUGCGCUUGACGUCGAGGCUGCGGUGGGCAGGAGGUUACAGUCACCACCAGCAGCUAGCAGCAGCAGCAGUGCGCAAGCAGAUGUUACGACGACAGCCGCCUCCCAGAGCGGCGGCGGCGAUGCGGAGAACUUAGUUCCCCAAAGCCCUAAGCGGGAGGCGGAGGACGAUGAGUCGGAGCUCGGCAGUACGCAGAAGAGACAGCGAACAGAGGAUAAGGCUGACACGAUCACAACGGAGGAGGCUAGCAGCUCGACGACAGAAGUCACAAAACCCGAGAGUUCGGAAGUGGCAAAAGAUGAGGAGGUGCCGGUGCAGAAGGAUGCGAGUGAGGAUGAGGACAUGGUGCUGGUGGACCGACCAGCUCCUGGUUCCUCAGAGACAGCAUCAGCAGCAGCAGGAGAGGAGAAGCAAAGGGAAGGAGGGGAGCCGUCAAAUCAACCAGAAGCCGGAGCUGGAGAAGAGCAACCAAAGUCUUCCUAG